AUGACGGUACAGAGUCCUCCGGUCUGCCCUCGCUGCAGCGAACAACCCGAGUCUCUGGACAAGCUAGAACAGCAUGUAAGAGCGUCGCAGUCGGAACCAGAGGUCAUCAAAGCUCCAGCGAACGUCGUAAAUGGACAGAACGCACUCAUAUCGCUGAGUCAGCCACUUGAUUCUGAAGCCAACAAAGCUGGAGAGGUGUUGGAAAGUCCAAUCUAUGGCGAGAAGGACAGUCUACGACGCCGACGACGAUCAACGUUACCCGCGAUCACUAAAGUACCAGCCCCUGUAUCUAUGUCUUCUCGACUUCCAGUAAAUGAGGUCAAGUCAAGUCACAUCAAGGAGGAACCGUUUUCGAUUCUCCCGAAAUCUGACAAGAGAGUGACUGUUGACGACACACCUCCAGUUUCGGGCCAUGAUGCUGUUCUUGACUCUGCCGAAGCAGAUGCAUUUACAGCGUGCAAUGCAAACACCAAAACUCAGAUAGCCAUCGACCGUCGCUCUAGCGAUCUAAUGAGCACUUCGACCUCCCGGGACACUGCUAGCACAAAUUCAAAGGAGGCGAAACCCACAGCUACUGAACUUAACUCGACCGUCAAGCGUGAAAACUCGGUCAUCAAGCGGCGUCGGUCACCCCGCAAGCAAUCUACAGUAGCGUCGACCAUCGCAACAACUAAAGACAAGCCACCGGAACCCGGGUCUAUGCAAGACACAGUUCCCACCAGAAGAUCAAUUGUGAAAGAGUUGGCAAACUUCUUCUCGAGUGGCACAAGUAAAACAUAG